CGAGCAUUUGAUUGAACCGAAUACUGAUCUAUAUUCACUUCCAAGUUGAGCACUUGAGUAUUAAAACAUUACGAAUCAAUGCAGCAUCUUCAUGCACAGCAAGUGACAGUGAAUUUCCUCUAAGAUCUCUGGAGACCUGAAAGAAGCACUUAUCAGGGAGUUUGAGCACUUCAAACAGGUGUUUGUGUGGCCACAGGGCCCAGAAGAGGAGAAAAUUUGAAGACAAAAUAAACCAUGUCCAAUGGGAAAGAUGCAGCUCUUUCAGAAAAUUCCAGACAGAUGUCCCUACAGGCCUGUCUUGAAGAAUGCAUGGAUGCCUUGGACCUGUUCCUCAACAACAACUUUAAUGAGAGUUUGGAAAAACUACGACCACGGUCUAAGGAAAGCAUGUAUCAUGCUCUGAUCUAUGCCACAGUAUUAGAGAUGCAAGCCAUGAUGACCUUCCAACACGAUGACAUAGUGCAUGCUGGGAACACGAUGAAGAAUGCUCAGGAGGUGUGCCAGAGAUUCCGUAAGAAGUCUGGUGGUCUCGGGAGCCGAGGAGCAAAUGAUGAUCUCUCUGAAGAGCAGCUCCAUGCUGAAGUGUGUUACGCAGAGUGUUUACUACACAGAGCUGCUCUUACGUUCUUACAGGAUGAGAAUAUGGUGAGUUUUAUCAAAGGGGGAAUCAAAGUUCGAAACAGUUAUCUUAUUUACAAGGAGCUGCACAACCUCAUCCAAUCAGAUUCCUCUUUCAAAGGACCAAACCACAGGCAUCUAGAGGGGGGAGUCUCUUUUGGAAUUGGGGCUUUUAACUUGACUCUUUCACUGUUUCCUGCCCGGAUACUCAAGUUGCUGGAGUUUGCAGGCUUUUCUGGAGAUAAGGAAUUUGGCAUCUCUCAGCUGUACACGGGUGCCACCUCUCACACUUUGCGCUCAAUGCUGUGUGCUCUGCUCCUGCUCUGCUUCUACACGUUCCUCUCAUUUAUAUUGGGUACAGGAGAGGGGGAAGUAGAAGAUGCAGAGAAGCUUCUGAAGCCAUUUCGACUGCGAUACCCACGUGGAGCAAUUUUCCUCUUCUUUGCUGGUCGAGCAGAAGAGAUCAAGGGCAACAUUGAUGAGGCGGUGGCACUGUUUGAGGAUAGCUGUAAGGCGCAACAGGCAUGGAAACAGUUCCACCACAUGUGCUACUGGGAGCUGAUGUGGUGUUUUACCUAUAAGAGGCACUGGAAGAUGGCAUACUUCUACGCAGACCUACUCAGUAAGGAGAGCCGCUGGUCAAAGGCCAUGUACGUGUAUAUGAAGGCUGCUUAUCUCAGCAUGCUUCCAGAGACAGAAGCUCGGCCGUUCGGGGAUAAUGAGGUGGAUCUCUUUAGACAGGUUCCGACAUACAAACAGAAGAUAGCAGGAAAAUCUCUGCCCACAGAGAAGUAUGCCAUCCGUAAAGCUCGACGUUACAAAGCCAGUAAUCCAAUCAAACUUCCUGUUCCUGUGCUUGAGAUGAUGUACAUGUGGAACGGCUUCUCCAUGAUCAGCAAACAGCCUGAGCUCACAGACGGGAUAAUGGAGACACUGUUAGAGGUAGAGCGCACCCUACAGGCUUCUCCAGCAGGGUUCCUCAACAGGCGGCCCGCGGGCCGGAGAGACAACUGUUUGGCCCGCGCCAAAGGCCUGAUCACACCAAAUCUGUGACGAUUUUGCGAGACGAACCUCCGACGAAACACACACAGAGUCCGUGAAAAAUAAAAACCAAACACAAUUUCACCCUCAUACAGUAGGCGGCAAUGUUGCUGUUCUACAAACAUUUUCCCAGUCUCCUGCCCUGCCCGGCUGUGAAUGCUAGAUGAACACUGUUAAGGCAUUUAUUUACCUAUUUUGGCAUAACUGUUUCAUUAUGUUCUUUCCAUGGUGUUGACGUAUGUUGCAUAAAUAUCAUCCUGUUUAUAUUAGAACAUGUAUUUUGCUACAAGUAAACGGACUCCUGAACCCAACUACUCUAUUUAUGAUGUCUGGAUUAAUGCCUGGAUAAUAUAACACAAGGUUCUGUGAUACAAAUACACAUGCACAAUAGUGCACAUUAAGAAUAACAUGUAUAGUACAGUACAAAAUACGAUGCAUAGGCCUAAUAUUACAAAUAAAAAUCACUGGCUCACGGUCUUUACUUUUUUGAAAUUAUUGCAAUACUUUGUUAUAUUUUCCUCGCAAUAAAAAUAGCAGUGUUGUUCUGAAGUUCGUUUGUGUACAGUAAAAUAUUGCAUGUAAAGAUUCUUUUUAUGGGAUAUUUUUACUACGAACUUAGUGCAAACGAAUUGCUGAACCUCUCUGCUAUUUUUAAUGGCAGGAGAAUAUGAUAUACAUUAAAUAAUGUAUAUUAAGACAAAACACCAUAAGCAGCCUUUCAAAAACAGACCAGGUGUUUGCAGUACAAACGGUUAAAUAAUAUAAUUUUCGGGGGUGCCAGCUGCACCUACAUCUGUGAGUCAUCAUUUUCCACCAUAGUGCACAUCUUGAUCAGUGUCUUAGGAUUGCUACAGCAGAGUAAAGUCCCAACAUCAGAGGUUGCUUCAGCCCGUCGCUGUCACUUCUCUCAUUGAAUGGGGAGUAUAUGCCAAUUAAUACAGGUACAGUUUGACCCCCAUUAAUCAAAGGAAGAACAAUAACAAUAUUAAUGCUAACAGGUCUAAUAACCGAAUUUGCAAUUAGAGAAACUGCAGGGAGUAGGUCCCGUUUGGAGAUGAGCAGGAACUGUUCCAUGGAGAACAUGGAGAUCCAGAUUGUUCAUUAAAGUUUUUUGUUUUUCAUUAUUUCAUUCAGUUUUUAUUAUUUUACUUUUUUUCAACAGGCAAAGUUGUGUAGUUUUGUUUUUCUGUAUACAAACAAAAUGUUCAUAAUUGUUUGAAUAAAUAAAACGGGCUACUGAGAAAAAAACGUAAAAAAAACAAAACAAAACAAAAAAACAGGAUAUUUAUGGCACGACUCUUUUAACAAAAACAAUCAAAAACAACAACAACAAUAAUAAUAAUAAUGAUAAUAAUAAUAAUAAUAGCAGCAGCACAAACACUUUUUCAUAACAUUGAGGCCGGUGGCCCUUGGCUUUGUAUUGUUGACAGAAUAUGGCCCUUGGUGAAAUCUAAUUGGGGAACCCUGCCCUAUAGCAUCCCAUUUGGCCCCCUGCAUUAAGUGUUCCCAUAAGACACCAAAACAGUUUCUCCAGUCAGGGCACCUCUAACUUCAUCACCUAAGCUCCUUAUGAAUAUACUGCUUAGAUUGUACAUUAUAAUGCAUAGUAUACUGUGUAGAAUACACACUUUUUUCUAUU